GGAAGGGUUUAAGAAUUAUAACACAAAACGCAGAGCCAAAACUUAAACGGAAGACAGACGUACAAAAUCCCACUGAAACCCCAAGCCCUCUGUUCGAUGGCGCUCCUUCUGCGACAUCCUUAUCUUCAUCUUCGUCUAAUGGCUUCUAGCUCUCGUUUCUUCCUUCAUUCUCCUUGUUUUCACUCUCUCGCUUCGCUUCCUCGCUCCUCUCUCUUCUUCAAGCCCAGGAAAAACUUUGCAUUGAGGAGCAGUUGGAGGCUUCCAGUUCAAAAUGUGGUCACACCAAAGGCAUUCAUGUCAUCUAACUUAACAACUGAAGCUUUCCAGGGAAGCAAAAGCUCCAAAGCAUAUAACUCUGAGCAAAUUCAGGUUCUGGAAGGGUUGGAUCCUGUUAGAAAAAGACCUGGAAUGUAUAUUGGAAGUACAGGACCCCGUGGUUUGCACCAUUUGGUUUACGAGAUAUUGGAUAAUGCUGUUGAUGAGGCACAAGUUGGUUUUGCGACACAAAUAGAUGUUGUUCUACUUUCAGAUGGUUCUGUGAGCAUAACUGAUAAUGGGCGAGGGAUUCCAACUGACUUGCAUCCUAUCACAAAGAAAUCUGCCUUGGAGACAGUGUUGACGGUCUUACAUGCAGGUGGCAAGUUUGGUGGUUCAAGUAGUGGUUACAGCAUCUCUGGUGGAUUGCAUGGUGUGGGUUUAUCUGUUGUCAAUGCCUUAUCAGAGACGUUAGAAGUCACUGUUUGGAGGGAUGGAAUGGAAUACCAGCAAAAAUAUUCACGUGGGAAGCCUAUAUCGACACUAACAUGUCACGUGCUUUCAACUGAAUCAAAAGAUCGUCAGGGGACGUGCAUCCGGUUUUGGCCUGACAAAGAAAUAUUCACCACCGCCAUUGAGUUUGACUACAACACACUUGCUGGACGAAUUAGAGAACUUGCUUUUCUGAACCCUAAGCUUACUAUCACUCUUAAAAAAGAAGAUAACAAUCCAGAGAAGAGCCUUUACAAUGAAUAUUUCUUUGCUGGGGGACUGGUUGAAUACGUGAAAUGGCUAAAUACCGAUAAGAAACCACUUCAUGACGUGCUAGGUUUCAGCAGACAAAUAGAUGGAGCUACAAUCAAUGUUGCUCUCCAGUGGUGUUCAGAUGCAUAUUCAGAUACAAUGUUAGGCUAUGCCAAUAGCAUACGGACCAUUGAUGGUGGCACACAUAUAGAGGGGGUUAAGGCUUCAUUGACAAGAACUCUCAAUAAUCUUGGAAAAAAGUCUAAGGUUAUCAAGGAUAAGGAUAUUAGCUUAAGUGGUGAACAUGUAAGGGAGGGACUGACAUGCAUUAUUUCUGUGAAAGUUCCAAAUCCAGAAUUUGAAGGACAGACAAAGACAAGAUUAGGAAAUCCUGAGGUGCGGAAAGUGGUUGAUCAAUCUGUCCAAGAGUUUCUUGCCGAAUUUUUGGAGUUGCAUCCAGAUGUACUUGAUUCUAUUCUUUCCAAAUCACUAAAUGCUUUCAAGGCAGCUCUUGCAGCAAAGAGGGCAAGGGAAUUAGUCAGACAAAAGAGUGUGUUGAAAUCAUCAUCUCUUCCUGGAAAACUGGCUGAUUGUUCAUCCCCAAAUCCGGAAGAAUCUGAAAUUUUCAUAGUUGAAGGAGACUCAGCUGGCGGUAGUGCAAAGCAAGGCCGUGAUAGGCGUUUUCAGGCCAUUCUCCCCCUGAGGGGUAAAAUUUUGAACAUUGAAAGGAGGGAUGAGGCAGCAAUGUACAGGAAUGAAGAAAUUCAAAAUUUGAUUCUCGCUCUUGGACUUGGGGUGAAGGGAGAGGAUUUUAAAAAAGAAAACCUACGAUAUCAUAAGAUCAUCAUCUUAACAGAUGCUGAUGUAGAUGGUGCUCAUAUCCGAACUCUCCUGCUGACAUUUUUCUUCAGAUAUCAGAGAGCCUUAUUUGAUGAAGGUUGCAUUUAUGUUGGUGUUCCUCCCCUGUACAAGGUUGAAAGGGGAAAACAAGUAUACUAUUGUUAUGAUGAUGCAGACCUUAAAAGGGUCCAGAGUAUGUUCCCCCAGAAUGCAUCAUACAACAUUCAGAGAUUCAAAGGAUUGGGUGAGAUGAUGCCUGCUCAGCUGUGGGAAACAACAAUGGAUCCUGACCAAAGGUUGCUGAAGCAAUUAGUGGUUGAAGAUGCUGCAGAAGCGAAUAUGGUGUUUUCAUCCCUUAUGGGUGCUCGGGUAGAUGCAAGGAAGGAACUCAUCCAGAAUUCCGCAAGCAAGAUCAACCUUGAUAAGCUGGAUAUUUGAGAGUGGAGUUAUUAUACUGCAUGCAGACAUUGGGGUAUAAAAAGAUUUGUACUGGUAAUUCUAGUUGCCAAGUAGGUUGGAAGUGCUCUUUUCUUGGGUGGGUGAGGAUUUUGUAUUUGGGAGCUGUGUAUAAAUGUUGUAUUUAUAGAUAUUUAAGCCUCAAAUUGAAGAUCCUCCAUCUUCAUACGUUGCUGUUUUCCAAAUUUUGAUCAGAAAAUUUGUGGAGAAUGGGCAAAAAUGAUUUUCUUUUCA